AUGGAAAUGGUGGACAGGUUAGUGAAAGACAAACCCCUGGUAAUCUUCACCAAGAGCUCUUGCUGCAUGAGCCAUUCCAUCACUACACUCGUCUCUGGGUUCGGAGCAAACCCGAAAAUCUACGAGCUGGAUCAAAUCCCCAAUGGUUCCCAAAUCGAGGGGGCACUGCUCCAGCUGGGUUGCCGACCAAGUGUGCCAGCUGUCUUCAUCGGUCAAAAGUUGAUCGGCGGUGAGAAGCAGGUGAUGAACCUCCAUCUCCAGAACCGACUUGCUCCAAUGCUCAUGGAAGCUGGUGCCAUGUGGCUUUGGAAGUAG